GGUUUAGCUGAAGCGCGAGCGGUACUCACAGUUUGUGACACUCAGUGUUGAUGACCGUAGUGUCACCGGUAAAAUUUAACGGUUCUUUUUUUUUAUUUUAUUUUAUAAAAUCCUCUAGUAAAAAAAAUGGAUACGCGACGCAUCCAUCAGAUGCAUGCUUAAUGCGAAACGCAGGUGGAACGCAACGCGGGUAUAUUUUUUUGAAGAAGGACUAAUUUUUCAUAACAUUGACUUGAGAUACAAUGAAUGAAAACUUCAUAACACUUUAAUUUUUAAAACUGUGUUGUGAAAUUUUUAGUGAAUCUGUACGUGAAAAUAUGCUAAGGAGUAUGAGAAGACUUUGCUGGCUUCAUUUCAGUAGGUCGCUGUGUUGAAUUCACCUGCGCUCGUCUCGCUCGCGCUGUUCUUGCGCGCGCGCCACGAAGUGCCGCGACGAGAGGGAAGCAUCCUGGUCUCCAGAGGCCGGUCACUCGCCACACACUCCGGAGGAGUGCAAAUACCGCACGUCCAUUCACGUACUCGACUUGAGCGCAGGGCUAGUGUUCUGCCGCUCGGACCCGUUACCAUCCAUCAUGUCUUCUGGAAAGUACACGGCUCUGGACGAACCGACCCUGCGUACCAUGCUGGAGGGAACGAUGAAUCUGGACGAGCGACGGCUCAUCAGGUCGGCUAUCCGGGAGCUGCGGCAGCGGGAGAUCGAGGAGAUGCAGGCGGCGCUGGCCAGCAAGCGCUUCAGGGCCACUUCGCUGCACCUGCUUGAAGAUAAGGAGAAUCGGCGCAGGUCUGAUUCCAGCGACUCUCUGGACUUGCUGUCUGGGAAGCUGCAGGCCAUCCAGGACAUUGAGGAGCUUACUGGACUGCUGAGAGGUACCAGUGAGUACGAGGAGAGGAAGCUGAUUCGAGCUGCAAUUCGCCAGCUACGGGACAAGGAACUGCAGAGUGCGGUAGAGAAAGCGAGAGCCCUCAGCAGGAGGGACCGGACCAGCGAGCGCCAUAGCAGCCUGACCUCUGUGGACCCUGACGCAGAGAGCUUGGGGGAGCGCGAGCAAAUUCGAUCUCAGAUCCGGGAACUGCGCAGCCAGCAGUCACAGAGCAGAGAGCUCCAUCAAACAGGUUCCACAGGAAGUUCCACCACAGGCAUGACGCUGGUUCUGGACACCUUAGGGAAGGAGGAGUCCUCGGGCUCCAUGGGGACUCAUGACUGCUUGGGCUCCGGCACCACCGACUCUGAUAGAGCAGUAACCCAGCACCAGAGAGAGACCUUGGGUGAUUCAGACCCUAGCCUGGGGUCUGCUCUCUCCAGGCCUGGUCUAGACUCUGAGGCAUCGGAGAAUAGUUUUGGGUUCAGCACUAGAGCUACCCUUGGUUUUGAGGCUCCUGGAUGCAGCGUAAGCGCUGUCUCAAGGGCCUGUCUAGACUUGGGAGUAUCUGAGCACAGUGUAAACUCUGCCACCAGGGCCCGCCUGGAUUCGGGGGCAUCAGAGAGCAGUGCAGGCUCACAAUCCUGCCUGCUGUAUACAUUAGACUGUGGGACAUGUGACACAGACCCUUUGCCACAACUACAGCAGCCACUGGACUCCGGUGAGCCUGAAGGGGGUUCGGAUUUGCGCACCUCGGCCCUCAGCCAGGAAAUGCCCUCACUGCAGCUGGCACCUGUGGAAGAGCCAGCAGUCACGGAGAGCAGCUCCUCCUCCAGCUCUGACUCUGAGUCAGAGAAUCAUAGUCAUGUGUCAAGUGGGCCUGCUGCGGGGCCCAGCGAUGACAGCUCAACCACUGACACGGACCGCGAGCAGCCAGAUGGGGCGGUCUUCUCCAGGAAGGUGCCGGGCGCCCACAAUGGCCUGCUUAAUGGCAGUCUGAAGGCGAGGAACAACGGACAGGACCAGAAAAUUUGGAGCAAAGACACACCUCUUCGCAAGAACAAGGACCCAGCAGUUGAUAAGAAGGAUCCAGUUGUGUCCUCCUUCAGCCGGGCCAGCUCCAUUCGGGAUCGGAUGCGCAAGUUUACAGAGCCCGCCCCGAGCAUGGCGGCUCCAACGAGGGCCUCCCUAAAGAACGGGGUCCUCCUAAGCACCCGCGGCCAGUCACCCGUGUCCAAGGUCACCCAAAGGUUCGAGGAGACUGCUCUGAGCAAACCGCAGCAGGACAGGGGACCUGAAGCAGGUGCACCCCAGCAGAAGGAAAGGGAGCAUUUUGUGUCCUGCAGGACCUCUUCAGCCACCUCCUCCUCCUCUUUGUCAGAGAGUGCCGGGGUCCCGCUUCAGCGCAGGAUGGGUGUGAAGAAAGGACCAUCCUCAAGGCCCCUGGUUGCCUUCCCCCAGCAUCCCACUAGCAGCCAAUCACAGAGCCCUGGGGGUGGGACUUUGGAAGAGCCUGAAAGGCAGAGGCCCGCCCUGGCCACCCCAGAUGAGAACGGGAGCGUAUUGGCCAGCGAAGCAGUUGGUGACAGUGUAUCUCAGAGCAAGGGAGAGGGAGAUCCUGACAUGAAGACUUUCCUCACCAUCGAGAUCAAGGAUGGGCGCAACACCCCCGCAGACAGCAUGGCUCCCCGCAUCACCUCGAGUGCUGCAGCUAACCGGGCAGAGCUCACCCUUGGCUUGAGACCAACCCCCUUCAAGAUCUCCUCAUCUGGUGUGUCGUCCAGUAUGGCCUUCAAGGUGGACGGUGAGCCGACAGUUGCCACGGAGCCAGCAUUUGUGACUGCGCCAUCGGCGCGAGCUGCCAGUGAGGCGCCCACCGUGUCCAAUGGGUCUUCAGAGGUGAAGACUGAGGAGCGCACAGGGAAGCUCACAGCUGAGCAGCUGGCUGCCAUUGAGGACGAGGAGGUCCUGGAUAGGAUGCUAGAUGAGUCUAAGGAUUUUGACGAGAGGAAGAUGAUCCGUGCGGCCAUGAGGGAGCUGCGCAAGAGGAAGCGAGACCAGCGGGAGCGAGAGAGGGAGUCCCGCCUUCAGGACCUGCGGCAGCAGCGAGAGGAGAGGUUCCAGAAGGGCCGGCCAGGAGGGGGCGCUGGUGAGGUGGUGGUGAAAAAGGUGGAGAAGUCGGCCGAUGGGUCCACCCUGAGCCAGGUCACCAAGACUGACCGCUUUGCCCAGUCCAGUGAUGGCAGCCGGUCGUCCCGCAGCACCAUCCUGGAGACGAGUUAUGUGCAAAAGUUUGACAAGGGGACAGUUCAGACCAAGUCCUACAGUUACACUUCCUCUUCUUCCAGCUCCACCACAAAGAAGGUGGGCAGUGUGUUCGACCGCGAAGACGACUCUGCCCACAGCAGCCAGGCGGCUCUGGAGCGGCGGCAGGCCGAGAAGCGCAAGGAGCUGAUGAGGGCACAGACGCUGCCAAAGACUUCAGCUAUGCAGUCGCGCCGCGCCAUGAUCGAGAAGCUGGAGAAAGAGAGUGGCGGGCCAGCCAACCCCGCUGUGGCACGGGUGAACAAGGUGCAGCGCUCCACCAGCUUUGGAGUUCCCAAUGCCAACUCCAUCAAACAGAUGCUGCUGGACUGGUGCCGGGCAAAGACUCGGUCCUAUGAGAAUGUGGACAUCCAGAAUUUCUCCUCCAGCUGGAGUGAUGGGAUGGCCUUCUGUGCCCUGGUACAUAACUUCUUUCCAGAAGCCUUUGACUACUCUGCUCUCAGCCCCAGCAACCGCAGACAGAACUUUGAGAUGGCCUUCAAAACCGCAGAGAAUCUGGCAGACUGCCCCCAGCUGCUGGACGUGGAGGACAUGGUGCGUCUGCGUGAGCCGGAUUGGAAGUGCGUGUAUACGUACCUCCAGGAGUUCUACAGGGCCCUGGCGCAGAAAGGCCUGGUCAAAACCAAAAACUCCUAAGGGUGCUGCCCUUUGCCAAAUGGGCCUUUGCUAACUGCAUGCCCCUUCUGGAGGUUGAAGAUAUGAUGAUAAUGGGCAAGAAGCCAGACCCCAAGUGCGUCUUUACCUACGUGCAGUCACUGGUCAAUCAUCUGCGCAGGUACGAGAUGACCUGCCGACCCUUCUCAGACCUCUGACCUUCCCUCUGCGUCCUCUGCCUCUUCCGGACUGGGAUAGAAGCAAACUUCUCCACUGCCCUUACUCCCCCACCGCUGACACACCAAGACUGAUAGCUGCCUGUUCCCCCCUGGACCAUAUAAUGCUGCCUGACUCCAUCUGACUCUGUUCAAAGCAGGCAAGCCCAAGAGUGUGUGUCUCCAUGUUUGUCUUUCAUUUCCUUUGACAAUAGAAUGGUGGUCAACAAGGUUUGUUCUACAGACUUAUUUCUGGAUUCCAUCCCUAGGUCUGGUCCACAUAGUCCUGUUGUACACCUUUUUUGGAUUGACACUAUUGCAGAUGUACCCAGUGGUAGGAGAGGCUUCUCUCUCACUCUCACAUACACAGCAUGCUAUCCAUGUAGCUGACUGACAUAGAACACGACGCACCGUCCAUUGCAUUAACUUCACAAUUAAAAAUUAAAAUAAAAAAAAAAAAAAAAACUUACACCCACAUUAUAUGAAAUAAUAGCUGUGUUGUGUAUCAGGUCUCUGGGGAGAUUAUGUGGCCACAGGAAUAUUUGUGCAAAAUAAUACUCCAGAUGGCGUAUGUAGGAAAGUUUAAAAUUUAAAAAAAAUAUUUAAUUCUUUAUUUUCAUUGGCCCCAUUUUUUGAAGAAACGGGGCACUUUUUAUUAUAAAAUACUUUUUAAGAUGCUGUUGGAUUAAAGUUUGAACAUGAUGAUCUGAUAGUUUGUAUAUGGCUUAAGUCUACACCCUGGUACUGUUUCUCUCAUAACUUAUCAAAUUUGCAUGCUUUUUAAAAUGCACCUUUACUUGAAUUUUUUGUAAGUUAUUACUACUAUUUUUAUUCAAGUCAUGCAUAAGCACUGGUAUGGAGAGAUUUUACCCAUAUUUUCAUCAUGAUGUGUAAUUUUUUUGACACCAGUAGAUACUGGCUUUAACCUGAGCUCACCAGAGGAUGACGACUGAACAUGACCAGUUCUUGUCUUCCAGCAGCUGAGACCACAGAAUUGCAGACACUGCUGUUCUUGGGUGCAGAUCCAUGUUAAAUUUUGUUUUUUGUUUCUGUUCUCUCCAUUUCCAGAUGAAUCAAAUAAUACUUGUAACACCUUGAUGUUCUGUUGUUUUUAAUUAUUGUUGUACAUUUUGACAAUAUUGUGUAUAUUUUUUUUUUUCUUUUCUUUUAUGGUUUCUCAAAUGGCACUAGUUGUGAAUGCGAAUGCUGUUCAAAUGCAAUUUGAAUUGUAGCGUCCAGGGUUUUAGUAUUUUGAACCGAGAUGAAUGGAUGGUAAUUAUCCCCAGGUCUUAAGAACUUCUACGUGUUACAUGCCCUCACACCUACUGGUUUAGCUCCCAAAGCCCAGAUACUGGGCUGUUUCCUUCAGUCCUGGCUUCCCAUUUUUGCCCAGACCCCUCACCCCCACCAUUCCAGCCAGAGUGGCCCCUAUUGGCAGGUCCCAUAAAUCCAUCCCUUCUCUGCCGUCAGCUUCCCAUACAUGCGGCUGCCUGUUCCUACUCGGUUUGCCUGGUCUUGCUUGGGUUGUCCUCUGUAUGUUUUGUUUUUGCUAGUGUGUAUUUUUUUUUUUUUU